ACUGCAGAGCUAGAAGGAGCUUGGGUGUAGGAAGGAAAGUUUUCUGUGCUAAGAAGAAGGUCCCAUCUCAAGCAUCAGCUUCUCUCUUCCUACAAAGAAUGCACUGAUCCUGCCAGCAACUGACCCUAUAGAAAUUAUUAGCUUUGUUACUAUCCUUAAGAGUGGCCAUGGCCCAGCUACGAAUGCUGUGUUUGCUGCUCUGCAUUGCCUUCGGCUCUAUAUCAGCACAGAAUGAUGAAAUAAAGACAUGUGAAGACAAGGUCAAAUGUCCCAUCAAUGUGUACUUCAUCAUUGACACAUCUGAGAGUAUAAUUCUUCAGACCGCUCCCAUCCAGAGCUUGUUGGAUCACAUGAAGAGAUUUAUUCCUGCUUUCCUGGCAAAGCUAGAGAAUGAGGCCUACCUAGAUCAGGUCUAUAUGAACUGGCACUAUGGAGGUCUACAUUAUUCAGAUGAGGUCCAGAUCUUCAGCCAGCUCACCACUGACAAGAAUGAAUACAUUUCGAAACUACGAGGAGUCCAGUACAUUGGCCGAGGCACCUUUACAGAUUGCGCCAUCUCUAACAUGACCGCCCAGAUAAAGGCGCAGAUACAAAACCAGGCUGGGCAAGGAGGACGUGAACCUGUGAAUUUCGCUGUGGUGAUCACUGAUGGCCAUGUAACUGGUAAUCCAUGUGGAGGAGUGAAGACACAAGCAGACAGAGCACAGCUCGCCGGUAUCAAGCUUUUCUCAGUAGCUGCCAGCCGCGAUGUUUAUGAAUCUGGCCUACGUGAGAUUGCUAACAUGCCACAUGAGCUCUUCAGGAACGCUUACUCAGUGACCAGACCUGAUGACCAAACCGAGAUUGAUCAGAGAACCAUCGAUAAAAUCAUUCAAGUUAUGAAACACGAGGCUUAUGGAGAGUGCUACAGAUUGAGCUGCCUGGCGAUUUCGGGACCUCCUGGUCUGCAUGGUCAGAGAGGACAGAAGGGUGCCAAAGGUAAUGCUGGUGAACCUGGAGAUCUUGGUCUGAAAGGACGGCAGGGAGAUCCUGGAAUUGAGGGACCAAUUGGAUAUCCUGGACCCAAGGGUGUUCCUGGUGCUAAAGGUGAAAAGGGAGAUUUUGGUGCAGAUGGAAGGAAGGGCAUACCCGGGAUUUAUGGAAGAAAUGGUACAGAUGGGCAGAAGGGUAAGACAGGUCGGAUUGGUGCUCCUGGAUGUAAAGGAGAUCCUGGAGAUAAGGGUCCUGAUGGCUAUCCAGGAGAUGCAGGAGACAGAGGAGAAGAUGGAGACCGUGGAAUUAAAGGUGACCCCGGCCGGCCUGGAAGUAGUGGAUUAUCUGGGUCUUUUGGAGAGAAAGGAAAUAAGGGUCCUGCAGGAAAUGUUGGAGCUCCUGGAUCCCCAGGUGUGAAAGGGAAUAAAGGUGGACCUGGAAUUCAAGGACCAAAAGGGGAGCCAGGUCGUAGAGGAGAUUCCGGCACCAAAGGAAGUGCAGGAACUGACGGUCCCAAAGGAGAGAAGGGUGAUCCUGGACCAGAGGGUCCGCGAGGACUCGGUGGAGAAGCUGGUGUGAAAGGAGCAAAGGGUGAUCGUGGAGCUCCAGGCCCAAGAGGAGUUCAAGGACCUGCUGGUGUACCUGGCAGAAAUGGGUCACGAGGAGACCCAGGUGACAUGGGAGAAAGAGGGAACCCAGGGCCAGCAGGACCUAAGGGAGACAGAGGGAGACCUGGUAUUAGUUAUCCAGGACCACGAGGUCCUUCAGGAGAUAAAGGAGAAAAGGGAUUCCCAGGACCACAGGGAGGACGUGGAGACUUUGGUCUCAAAGGAGGAGCAGGACCAAAGGGAGAGAAUGGAGAGCCUGGUGACCCAGGACCUGUAGGAGAACCAGGACCCCGUGGACCAACUGGAGGUUCUGGACUUCCGGGUGACUUAGGACCUUCUGGAGACCCUGCUUUGACAGAAUGCGAUGUCAUGACCUACGUUCGAGAGACAUGUGGAUGCUGUGACUGUGAGAAACGUUGUGGUGCUCUGGAUAUUGUGUUCAUUAUUGACAGCUCCGAAAGUAUUGGAUACACAAACUUUACUCUGGAGAAGAACUUUGUCAUCAAUGUUGUGAGUAAACUGGGAUCUAUCGCUAAAGAUCCAAAGGCUGAUAUUGGUACUCGAGUUGGUGUUGUUCAGUACAGUCAUGAAGGCACAUUUGAGGCCAUUCAACUGAAUGACCCCCGCAUUGACUCUCUAUCAAGUUUCAAGGAGGCAGUGAGGCGUCUUGAGUGGAUUGCUGGAGGAACGUGGACACCAUCAGCUUUACAGUUUGCAUACAACCAGCUGAUCAAGGAAACAAGACGAGACAAAGCCAAAGUCUUUGCUGUGGUCAUUACUGAUGGCCGUCAUGAUCCAAGAGACCCCGAUGAUCGUCUACAAUCGCUGUGUAACCGCAAUGUCGUAGUAAAUGCUAUUGGUAUUGGUGAUAUGUUUAACAAAGAAGAUGACUCUGAAACCCUGACUUCCAUUGCCUGCGACAAUAAGCAGCAAGUCCAGAAGAUGAAGCAUUUCUCUGAACUCGUAGCUGAUGAGUUUAUCGACAACAUGGAACAACUACUCUGCCCAGACCCUCAGAUUGUAUGUCCGGAUCUGCCUUGUCAAGCAGAACUUGCAGUUGCUCAGUGCACUCAGCGCCCGGUGGAUGUUGUCUUCCUUCUGGAUAGCUCUGAACGUAUGGGGAGACAAAACUUCAGACAAGCAGCAACAUUUAUCGAGGAGGCAUCUAGACGCCUGUCUCUGUCAAGGACCGAUGAUGACCCUAACAAUGCUCGUGUGGCCCUAUUGCAAUAUGGUGGAAAGGAUGAGCAAUCUGUGUUAUUCCCACUUACCCAUAAUCUAACAGAGAUUUACCAAGGACUAUCACGUCUUACUUACUAUGACUCAUCCUCCAAUAUUGGAAAUGCCAUUGUGUAUGCCAUCAAUAAUAUCAUUGGGGACAGAAGCAGAGGUGCAAGAAAGUUUGCAGAAACCUCAUUUAUCCUAAUCACUGAUGGAGUUACUGGUCAGGAGGGUCUGGAGGAGUCUGUGACAGCCAUGAAAAAGAAUAACGUUGUGUCUACUUUGGUGUCUGUUGGAUCAGACCUUGAUACACAGGUGCUGAAGAAGCUCAGUUUAGGAGAGGGAUCAGCCAUAUUUAAAGAGAAAGAUUAUGGCAGACUCACUGAAAAUGCAUUUAUGGACAGAUUUGUGCGUUGGGUUUGUUAAACGUAAGCCUAGAUUUAUCAAGAAAUGAGAAAACAAGGACCCCCUUUAACAGUACCUAAUGCUCUUGACAGUAACAGAAAAUAUUACUGUCUUACGAGCUAUGUAUACUGUGUAAAUGGCCCCUUGUAGAUUUCUUCUAAAUGUCAUCAAUUACUAUGGUUCCUUAGGGUACGGCCACAGUCAGGUUUCCUGAUGCAGUUUUGAAAAACAAAAUCAAGGGUGGAUCAGAAAAGGAGAAAAAGUAUAAAGUACAGAUACAGCUUCUUCUCUUUUCGAAUUCACUCCUGGUUUUGGAUUCCAAAACUGUAUCAGGAAAACCUGACCGUGUGGCUGGCCACUAAAAAGUAAAAUGCCAUAAAAGUUGGAAAUAGUAAUAGCAAACUAUUUUCUCAUGUCUCGAUAAAUCGUGACCAACAUUGCAAAUUUCACACAUAAACACUAGAACCACAUACACCAUAUACAUAUACAUACACCAACAGACAGACUUCAACAAAAUGGGGGUCUAUUUCUUCCAAAGUGAAUAGUGAACCAGAUUAUUGUGAACACAAGACAAAGGGAAGUGUACACAUACACAUCUACAGUCAGAUGCAGGCUAAUUGGUAUAAGUAAUGUUGUUUCUACAAUUGGAAUCUUUUGUGUUGUAACUGUGCAACAACAGGAACACAAUCUUGGGUGUGUACAUUGCAUUGUGUCAUGCGCAAGCGUGGUCAGUGUCACAUUCACGAGGUGCUAACUGCAGGUCACACGUCAUGGUGUCCUGAAUAUUAAACCUGUGGCAGGGGAUGUAAUAGAACAAAGGGUUGGUUAAAUGGAAGUGUAUUUUUCUACAUCUGAAAAAGGAGAUCUCGCCCUUGCAACAAUUUUGUUGUCAAAUGAUACAGUAGGUUAGGAUUAGUCUGUUGUUUGUCCUGGAAUAUCCUGCUGUAAAGACAAUAAAAUGUUCUCCUGUCAA